CAAGACAGCCACCUAAAGUACCGGAAAACAAUGACAGACAACCCUAUUUCUCUAGACUCUCUAUUUCUACCUUAUCUUGGCCUUCAGUCCGAAUAUGAGCCGUCGCCGACGAAAGAACCCGUCUUGUUCCUCAAUCAUCACAUCCGCGAGUUGCCCCCUGAUCUCGCUCGUCGGUUCUCGUCGAUCAUUAGUCCCAAACAGCGCACGGCUAUUACAACAAUUCGAAACCGAAGGACAAAGUACAGUCAAUCGUCACCGCCCGAAUUGAGAUUUGCUAAUGCCAAGAAGCAAUGGCCAAUGCUCUGGGGUCGGGGAGGGAGGAGCGGCCAAGAUGAGGGGAAAGAGGAGAAGGAAUGGGCAGAGAAAGAGUUCCUCGGUGGACGGAAGCAGGAGGUGGGCAAGUUAGGCAAGCUCUUGGCCGAGUAUGAGGAGGAAAGGGAGUCGGAGAGAGUGAGAGCCACCAGGAGGGAGUACGCAAUGACGGUGCAAGAGGAGGGGGAGGAAGAGGAAGAGGAGGAAGAGGACAGUGAUGAGGUAGACUCAGGAGCUUUUCGCGGUUUGCCUGAAGAAGAAACUGAAGAAGAAGCAAAGGCGACUUUCGACAGACGAGUCAAAGAGUUAUUCAUCUAUGGAAUGUUGGAGACAGAUCUAUAUGACAAGGUAGACUGGGACGAUCAGUAUGACGAAGAACGGGAGUCCGAAGAACGGUGGUUUGACGAUGAUGAAGACUAGCAUGGAGGACCGUCUGCAUGCUGCAGCGCGCGCUCUAGCUAAUCGCGCGGCAAACAGUACGUGACAUCGGUUUGGAUACAUCAUCCAUGUGCUCGAGCCGUCCACCUGAGCUCCAGGCCAAUAAGGACAGGACAACAAGCAUCACAGAACGCGGUAUGGUCCGAUUUACUGAUGUCUCUGCAUUCCGCAUUUGCUUCGCGGAACGUGCAUCUGCUCCUGUGGCAGACCAAACGACGCUGCUCUAUAUCCGGGCGUUCGUACCUUUGACAGUGGUGGGCCUUGGUGCCGAACACAUCCUCCUCGGACUAGUAACAGGCUGACAGUUUCUGGCUUUCGUUUGCCCACGUGAUAUAGAGUAUUAGUAGAGGUAAAACCAACGCCAAUACACCUUUAGGGUAUAGACAGAAUCGUGAUCCAGGCGCGACUAAAGCAGAUCUAAAUAUGCUUGCGACCCCUCUUGAUGAAAUCCGC